AUAAGACUGUUUUCGCUUCUGCUUAGCUUCGGGAGACACCGGAUAGAUUGUCCGCUCCAUUUCCGACGCUUUCCGCUUGGAUCCGCGUUUGAGAGGGGCGCUCGACGAGGGCGGGGGCGGGGUGGCGGGCCGAACAAAGACCUGUGCGUCGGUCUCCGCCACUCUCGGCAGCGACUCGAUUCUGGACAGCUCGUCGGCGAGCGCGAGAAGUUCGGCUCUUCCACGACGGAUCAUGUCAGUUUGCGCUUCGCUGACACCCGUGGUAAUACCGCCCAAUGCCUUCCUCCACUGAGAUAACUCGCCGCCGACCAAUGCAUCGAAUUGAAACAACGACUUCGCCGUUGCCUGUGCGCUCAAAGCCGUGGUAUUCUGCGUCGCUUGAAUCAUCUGCCUCUCGUCGAUCGGAUCUUCGCUCAAGUCAAGCUCGGAGUCUGAGGAUGCGUCCGUAGCAACACUGGACGCAUCAUCAUCUUCAUCGGCAUGAUCAUCGACGGCGUUGGUCGCUCCAUCCGCCUCAUCCUCCG